AUGACAGAAGAAGUCCCAGCGGCAUCCGGCAUGCCCGAGUGCAACGGGAGCGUACCCCUGGAGAAGGGCCCACUCCAGGUCAUCGGUGUCAUCGACGAAAUAGCAAAAUCUGUCGGGACGGUUCCUUACGUGAAUGCAGAAACGAGCCCCGACGCUCCACCGGCAAAAGAAAAUCGGGAGGAAAAUAGAAAUUCGUUGGCAGAGGACAUAGUUCCUGGGGAUUUUGAUGGAGGGAAGCAAUGCGAAGAAAAGCGAGAAGAAAACAAUGGGACACUACAGCAGGGAUCAGCUGAUAUCCAGGACACAGGGACCGACGGCCAGGACUCAGAGGAAGGGCCAGGCGGCGAGGGGACGCCUGUGGGCAGCGGGGAGCGAGAGCUGGGGACAGCGGCUGGCCCCGGUGGGGAGGUGGCGGAGACCCUCGCGGCCAGCGCCGAAGGGAGAGGGAAUGCAGCCGAGGAAGAGGAGGAGGAGGAGGCGGCGGGGGAGGAGGAGGACACUGAAGAGGAUGAAGUUCAGGUGAUCGAAAUCAAGAAGAACAGCGAGGAGUCCCAUCCCAAGCAGCAAGACAGUGACAAGGAGGCAUCUCCCGCGACCAGCCCCGGCUGCAACUCCCAGGUGGAGAAACUGGGGGAGCAGCCCAGCCUGGGGAAGAAAAAUGAUAUCUCCAGACACAGCUAUUCCAGAUACAACACAAUCUCCUACCGGAGGAUUAGAAAAGGAAACACCAAACAGCGAAUCGAUGAAUUUGAAUCCAUGAUGCACUUAUAA